GCAACCGUACGGUUGGAACGAAGUGUCAAUAAUGGUCUAUUAUUGCUGCGUCUGGAGGUGGAAGGAGGAGGUUGUGGGCAGAGCCCACGGCCUCUCAGAAGUGGUAUGUAAGGGGCCGUUUGUAAGUGCCCAUACCGCCUUCCAGAUCCACCUUUUCUGCCGACUGCUCAGAGAUCCAACA